UCCGAAUACUGGGCCAGUCUAUCUGAUUGGCCCAUAGGUGACUCCUCAGAGCAGUGCAUGCCACGACUCACUCGAUCACAGACCAAGACCAUGGACCGGAAGGAGGGAGAAUCCCUCCUUGCCUAUGAGGAACGCCUGGCUGCUUUCAUCCAGGAGGCCAAUGACAGGGCUGCCGCCGCGGCCAAGGAACGUGGUCGGAUUGAGCAAGAAGAGGAGGCCAAGAGACAGAAGGAAGAACAAGACCGACUUCGUCAAGAGGAGGCAGACCUGCAGGCGACAGCCGAACACUGGUCACGCCAGCGGGAACGACUGUUCACGCGGGAGACCGUGAUCGGCGAUGAGGCCGCACAUUGGGUGCAAGUGGCAUCUGCAGACGAGGCCCCGGAGACUGAGAAAGGGCUGCCAGCCCUUGCACAGGUCUCCCACGACCUCGUGGCCACCUGCUUGGAGACGCAGGUCCAGGCUGCUGCCACCGUGACGCCCGCCGCCGCAUCCUCCAGGCGCCCACCCAAGCUAGAUGACAUUCCAGUWUUCUGCGAUCAGUCCAAGACGGAACCGAUCCCGUGGUGGCGCYAGUUUACUCUCAGGCUCAACAUGCACCAUGUCCCGAACAACGAUCGACAUCCGUGCUUGUACCACCGAUCUGGUGGUGCGUGUCAAGCAUGGYUGGACAACAUCUUGACCAGCCACGGCRUAGCAGUGUCGGAACURCACACCAAGCUCACUUGGCAGGAAUUGACUGACGCCUGGCACAAGCGAUUCCAAGUGGAGCCGCCCGACCUGCAAGCGAUGGACAAGCUCAACAAGCUCCAUCAGAAUACGCUGCUCAGUCAGGACUGGAUUACCGAGUUCCAAAGACUCGCCUCCACAACUGACCUGCUGCUCGCAUUCCGCGCCAUCAAGCACUUGUUUAUCAUGCGCUCGUGUCCAACUCUGCAAAACAUGUUGACGCAGAUUGCAGAGACACUCGACACAUCUGACAAGCUUUUCAGCACAGCGUCACGGAUCAUUCUCACGAAUAUCGAAGCCCACAACGCCGGCCGAUCUUCCGCGACGAUGAGCGGCACCCAGCCCAAGCCAAAGGUGGCUUGCAUUACUUCUACCGAGGCUGCAACACCAAACGAGGGUGAAGUGUUGGCAGCUGCCCGGGAUGGUGGCCGGCCGCGCAACAACCACGGCCGCGACAAGACGAAGACUCAGUCCACCUCUACACCGAGCACCGGAUCAGCAGCCGACGAACCUUGGGCGCAAUACGGACUCUCGGCGAAUUCCUAUCGCACGCGACUCAAGUACCGUUAUUGCCUUUGGUGCAACAGCACCAUCCACGAUGCUGCACAUUGCCCCACCAAGGGGAAACCUCGUCCGGGAAAGUAGGCGCCGUCGAGGGUGACUCGACACCUCCCUUGACGCCAUCGGAAGCGG